AUGGACGACCUCGACACCUCCUCCGAGUUCGACCCCACCACCCCGCACAGCCAGGAGGGCGCGCCAGAUACCGCCCGCAGCGCCAGUCUCGUGGGGAACCCCUUCGACGACCAGCUGUUCGACCUGGUGCGGCCUGACGCUGUUGAUGAGCUGCGCGCCAUUGCUGAGCGGAUGGGGCGCGCUGGCUAUGCAAGUGAGCUCGUGCAGGUUUACUGUGGCAUCCGCCGGGACCUGCUUGAUGAGUGCCUCACAGUUCUGGGGGUCGAGCGUCUCAGCAUCGAUGAGGUUCAGCGUGUGGAGUGGAAGCAGCUGAAUGACAAGAUGAAGAAAUGGGUGCAUGGCGUCAAGACGGUUGUCCGCUCCCUGCUGACAGGCGAGCGCCGGCUCUGUGAUCAGGUGCUCGCAGUGUCCGAUGAGCUGCGGGACGAGUGCUUUGUUGAAUCCACCAAGGUUUGCAUAAUGCAGAUUCUUAACUUUGGGGAUGCUGUGGCUGUGUGCCCUCGUUCGCCCGAGAAGGUGUCCCGGAUUCUUGAUAUGUAUGAGGCACUUGCUGAGGUAAUUCCUGAGCUCAAGGAACUGUACUAUGGGACUCCUGGGGAUGAUGUGAUCUGUGAUUUGGAGGGGGUCCUUGGGAGGCUUGGGGAUGCAGUCAAGGGUAACCUUCUUGAGUUUGGGAAGGUUCUACAGCAGGAGUCGUCACGCCGGCCUAUGAUGGCUGGUGAGAUCCACCCAAUCACACGUUAUGUGAUGAACUAUCUUAGGCUGUUGGUCGUUUACAGUGAUACGCUUGACAAACUCUUGGAUGAGGAUGCUGCCGGAGAUGCUGAUCAUAAUGCUUCAAAUGGAGGUGCUGAUGAUGACGAGGAGUAUCUGCAGAGCUUGACCCCACUUGGACAUCGGUUGGUGAAGCUCAUGUCUUACUUGGAGGCCAAUUUGGAGGAAAAAUCUAAACUGUACGAGGACGGUGCACUCCAGUGUAUAUUUUCCAUGAAUAAUACACUUUAUAUUGUCCAAAAGGUGAAGGAUUCCGAGCUCAGGAGGAUUUUAGGUGAUCAUUGGACACGGAGGCGCCGUGGAAAGAUUCGGCAAAAUUCCAAGAGCUACCUUAGGAUAUCGUGGACAAAGGUUUUGUCCUAUCUCAAGGAUGAUGGUCAUGGCAGUGGGAGUGUAAGUCUUGGGAAUUCAAGCUCGAGGGUCAAAGAGAAAUUUAAGAACUUCAACUUUGCCUUUGAUGAGAUUUACAGGAGUCAAACGCUUUGGAAGGUACCGGAUCCUCAACUCCGUGAAGAGCUCAAGAUAUCUAUAUCUGAAAAUGUGAUUCCAGCAUAUCGUGCUUUUCUGGGUAGAUAUGGUAGUCUAGUGGAUAAUGGAAGAAGUUCUGUUGGAAUAACUUGCAGAAGAUGUGGGAAAAGGGCAUGUUUAGGCCGCAAACCAGAAGUAACAGAGUUUGCCAUUUGCAUGCUUAGAGAAAACGAAGUGAAACAAACAUGUCUUAUGAAAUCGAUGAAGCUACGGAUCAUAAAACUGACCAUAGUGCAAAAUCCGACAGAUCGUACUGUUGAAGAAAAGUCUGUAACAAAGGUUACUUAA